AUGGAAGUCGGGCCACAACUUUUCUUUCGUCGAAUUGGGCAAAAAUUUCCGGUUCAUAAUAUGGAGAUAGCAAGAGAAGCGACUGGUCCUGGUUAUGUUGGAAUAAAAUUUUGUCAAGAAUGCAAUAAUAUGUUAUAUCCUCGUGAAGAUAAAGAAAAUCGAAUUCUUUUGUACGCAUGUCGGCGUUGUCAGCAUCAACAAGCUGCUGACAAUCCUUGUAUUUAUGUAAACAAAAUUACUCACGAAAUAGACGAAUUAACACAGAUUGUUACUGAUGUUAUUUCUGAUCCGACAUUACCACGUACAACAAAUCAUGCUUGUCCAAAAUGUAAAAUGAAUGAUGCUGUAUUUUUUCAAGCACAAUCAGCUAGAGGCGAGGUUUCAAUGUCGACAAUAGUGACCGAUAAUAUUUCGAAAGACGAACAGUCUUCGAAUACAUCAAAAGAAGAUAAAGCAAUCGAAAUUAGUAGUUCAUCCGUUGAUACAGCACCAACGGAUUUGCCUUUUUCACUAAAUAGUACAAAUACUUCACCUUCAUUUCCAUCAUUACCUGAAUCCACAACAGCAGAAGUUCAGAAUGAUAUCACUCAAACAGUACCAACAUCCACAUCGAAUCAUUCACAAAGACGUGUUCAUUUUCCAAUAGAUGACACACAAUUAACAAAAGUUUCGGAAGCACCCAUUCCACUAUCAAAUCAACCAUUUGUACCACUAAAAAACGUUUUACGUAUUUAUUUGGACACUUGUACAAAGUCACAAAUAAAACCAUUGCAAACAAUCAUUGAACAGUUAUCAACUAUUAAUGAUGAACGUCAAACAUUUCACGAUAGAAUAGCGCGUUUAUCGAUUAUUAAUGAAAAAUUGAAUACUGCACAUUUGAAUGCAUUAGAAGAAAUAUUGGCUCGUGUUCAAUUUUAUACAUUAGAAUUUGAAUCAUCGUUAUACGAAGAUAGCCUUAUCUCGUCACUAUUCGAUAUUAUUGAAUACUAUGAAUCAUGUAUCCAUUUAAAUUUAUCUGCUAAUCGUUCAAUGAGUUUACAAGGUUAUCAAGCACUCGGACGAUAUAUGAGAAAAACUCAUGUUUUACAACGUUUAGAUAUGAAUCAUAUGAAAUUUGAAGACAAUAAUAUUCUUAUAUUUGGACGAUGUUUACGUUUUUCAUCGAAUUUAUAUGAAUUACAUUUAGAAUCGUGUCAAUUAAAUGGAAAAAUGUUACAGAAAUUGAUUAUACAUAUACGUUCGUGCAAUUGUUUAAGAGAAUUGCAUCUAGGCGAUAAUCGUUUGCACGUUCAAGAUAGUUUAAUUAUAUGUGAUUUAAUUCGUACCUGUGGUCAUUUUUUGAAUUUAUUAGAUUUGAAAACAAAUUCUCUACAAGAUAAUGGACUAUCACAUAUUUCAUCACAGUUAAGUCAAUACGACGAAUAUCAUGUGCAACAAAAUGUAAUACAAAAAUUGAAUUUACAAUCAAAUCAGAUUAGUCACCAAGGUAUCGGAUAUUUGGCUAAAGCAUUAUUACAUAAUCGUACAAUAAAAUCAUUGAAUUUGAGCAAUAAUAAUUUGACAAACGAAGGUUUAUUUAUAUUGAGAGAUUCCCUCUUAACAAAUAGGACUGUUAGUGAAUUGAUAUUAGGAAAUUGCAAAUUAACAUGUCAAGCUGCUAUCGCAUUAGCCGAGUAUGUGGCUGAAUCAUCCGUGAUACGACAUAUUGAUUUGAGAGGAAAUAAUAUUCAGGUUAGUGGUAUUAUGGCAUUAGCACUAGGAAUGAAACACAAUAAAUCAUUGAUUAAUGUUGAAUUGGAUCCAGUAACACCUACACAAACAAAUGGUGGUGUUUUAUCAAAUCAAUUUCAGACAAAUAAUAUUGAUAGUUCUACAAGUGGUCUGUUAUCAUUUUCAAGUUUUCGGCGGAUGACAUUGGGUUUUGGACAAUUAACAGGUGGCCUAAAUCAGAAUUCAGAACCAUUACAAGAUAGUAAAGUUAAAGAAUUUCUUCAACAAAAAUCGAAAUGGAUCAAUGAUAUUAAUGAAAUAUGUCGAAAAAAUAAAGAAAAACAACGAGAACUAGAAGAACAAGAAAGACAGAAAGAAGAAACACGAGUAGAACAAGACGAGAAAAAAGAGUAUAUCAAUGAGGGUCAAGAAGAAACAAUGAACGAAAAAGCAUUAACAGAUGAAGAACAACAAACUGCGAUGACAUCCCUUACGUCAACGGUCGACCCGGAAUUACUUAACGGAAAAGUAUCACAAAAAUUCGUUUCACCACUGCCAUCACCACUAUUGAGUCCAGUAGACGAUUUAUCACCCUUUUUAGUUAAAAAAAUAUUUACAAAUCAGCACCAACCAUCGUCUGUGGUACCACUCUUAGAUCAUGAUCAAUCUGUUGAACAAACAUCUCCAUCUACAAACACAAACGAUACCAUCGAAAGUGAUGUUGUGCAUUCCACUACAGAUAACGAUUCAACGCAGAUGAUUCUGUCUGAAACUAGUGAAAUUAAUAAUCCAACAAGUGAACUGAGAUCCUUAACUAACACUGAUACAACAGUAGCAAAUGAAGAAAAUUCAACAAUAUCUACUGCCAAAUCACCUUUCACGAUUGACGAUUAUGAUAAUGAUGUUGAUGAAAACAUAAGAGAGGAGAAAGACAGCAAUAACACUUCAGUAGAUAUCUCCGAUAUUCAUUUCGAUUCAAAUCAACAUGAAACUCAUUCGACUGAAAUGGACGAUUCCGAAAAGAAAGGUGGCGAAGAUGAUAUUUAUGAAUAUAAUGAACGUAUACAAAAACCAUUUUAUCAUUCAGAUAGUUUAUUUUUAUUAAGAAAUAAAACUGGAGAUCUCGACGAGCAUACAACUGAAGACGAUGGUGGCAAUAAUUUGAUAAUUUCAACAAAUCAAACAAAUGUUCCCGAACAUCAGCAGCAAUUAAUUGACUGA